AUGUAUAUGAAAAAAGUAUUACAAAUGAAAUGUUGCAUUAUCGAAAAUAUUGAUCCUUAAUUGCUAUUAAUUAAUUGAAACUAACAUAUGCUUAUUGUAUUUAUUUCUUUUAGUUUUAAAUUUGAUCAUACUAUUUUUAUUUAGCAACUACGGUUAUGGAACGGUUCCCUUUCGUUUCAAUAUUGGCAAAAACCGGGAGUAGUUAGAUUAACCAAAGUAUACAUAUUCAAUGUAACAAAUGCAGAAAACUUCUUGCAAUAUAAUGAGAAGCCAAAAUUGCAAGAGGUUGGUCCAUUCGUAUAUAGGGAAGAUAUGGAGAAGGUGAACAUUGUUUUUCAUAAUAAUGGUACUGUAAGUUAUCAACACAAGAAGAUAUUAAACUUUGAACCAGAGAUGUCAAAAGACAAGAAUCUCAAAGUAAUAGUACCAAAUAUUCCUCUGCUUACUUUGUCGACACAAAGUAAGGCGCUACCUCGAAUUAUUACUCUGGGAUUACAUAUGUUUUUAAGCGGAAUGCAUAUGACACCAUUUGUUCCAGUCACUGCGCAAGAACUUGUUUUUGGAUACAAUGAUCCACUAGUUAGCAUUGCAUAUCGAUUUUUCCCGAAAACAAGACGCCCCAUGAGUCAAAUGGGACUUCUCCUCGGGAGAAACGGUACAUUAGAGGAAGUGUCCACUAUCUUUACAGGGCAUACGGAUAUGAAAGAAUUUGGAUUAAUAAAUCGUUUAAAUGGAUUAGAUCGUUUGCCAUAUUGGCCAAGCUCGCCUUGUAACUCUAUCCGUGCUUCAGAAGGAUCGUUUUUUCCACCUCGUGAUAAAACUGGUGCAGAUACCAUACAUAUUUGGGAUAAAGAUCUUUGUCGCACUUUACCUUUGAAAUAUCGUGGUCCAACUGAAAAAUCAGGAAUCAAAGCAGAUCUGUACACACCUCCUGAUACUGUAUUUGGACGUCCGAAUGAAAAUGCACCGGAAAAUGAAUGCUUUUGUUCAGAUGACAUGUCGACUUGCCCUUCGAAUGGAUUACAAAAUAUUAGUCCUUGCCAAUACACUGCACCAGUUUAUCUUUCCUUCCCGCAUUUCUACAAAGCAGAUCCGAUGUUAUUAGAUGCGGUUCAUGGGUUAAAACCAAAUCCUGACAUACAUAAAACAUACUUCAAAAUUCAACCGAAACUUGGUGUACCGUUGGAAGGAAAAGUUCGUGUUCAGUUAAAUCUAAAGGUGGAACAUCAACCGCACAUCGGUGUCGUAUCGAAUUUCCCGGACAUAGUAUUUCCUAUCAUGUGGAUUGAAGAGGGUGUCGAAGAACUGACCCCUUCUAUCCGCAGAUGGAUCUAUUUAGCAACAACGUUUAGCGAUGUUGCUGCGCCUUGUACCUCGUAUGGAUUAAUUCUAGUCGGUGUAGUAAUCAUAUUCAUCGUUUUUAUGAAGGCUUACAACAACCCUAUGUUCACGCACGAAGCGAUCGAGUUAGGUAAACGAACUAUAAGGAGAGGUUCGACGUUGUUAGUGAACGGACAGCACAAGUUAUUAAUUACACGAGAACAAUACGUUUUGCUCAAUAACGAUAACGACGAGACACCAGAACGAAUAGAAGUCUAGUUACAAUUGUAAUAUGAUUAUUUUUUAAUGGAUAGUACUCGAUUUACAUUAAGUGAAUAAGAAUUGCGAAGAGCGACAUAUAACUCGCCUCGUACACCAAAGUUUCUAAUUACCUGAUGAAUACGUUGAUGUAUAAUCGAUUACAAUAGCAUGCGUUUGGCAAACAUUCAAUAAUUACCUGCAUGU